GGACGCUGAGGCUGGUGGCUGGUCAGCACCAGUGUGAGGGCCGGGUGGAGAUGUAUUCAGGUUCUGAAUGGGGCACAGUUUGCGAUGAUGCCUGGGACCUCCCUGACGCUAAGGUUGUGUGUCGCCAGCUGGGCUGCGGAGAGGCCACGGCGGCCCGGGGAGAGGCUUUCUUCGGGCCCGGCACAGGAACGAUCCUGAUGGACAAUCUCAAGUGCAAAGGUAUGGAGACCACACUGCAGAAUUGCUCCCAUAUACCCUCGGAUGUGCACAACUGCGACCACUUUGAAGAUGCUGGCGUCAUCUGCUCGCUGUCGUGAUUUCAGCAGAGCCACACUCCCAUCUCCACCAUGGGCAGGAAGUGGGCGCACCAAUCUGGGACUUGUAAACAAUAUGUAAAUAACAGCUUUCACAUCGCUGAAGGAAUA